CACGUGUCACCUGGAGGACGUGGGCUCUUUCCGGAUCCCUGGAUCGAGGCGUGCGCCGCCGGCUAACGGGAGAGCAACCACCGCCCAGCCCCGCCAGGCGCUGGGACCCUCCGGACGAGCCCCAUGGCGUUCACUGCCCUUCUGCUGCUGCUGGUGCUGGGCACAGGUACAUGUGCCGUGCCCACGGAGACGACCAUGGAGAUGGAAACGGCCGAAACGACCGCCACGGAGAUGACCACGGAGACCACCACCCGCACCUUGACCGCUGCUCCUCCUGUCUUCACCAGGGGCACAGGAGGCAGCAGGUCCCCACCCACUCUCUUCCCUCACGCCACCGUGUUCCCUGGCAAAAACACCACAGACUUCCAGUCCGGCAACCACUCCUUGGGCAACGGCACCACAGUGCCCGUCCCUGGCAGCCCAGCCAUCUCCCACCCCAAUGUCACCUCAAACAGCAGCAGCUGGGCUCCCCACUUGGGCACCAACAACAGCUCUGCCGCUCCCACCACCGUGGAUGGCGGCAACUCCAGCGCCAACGGCAGCACCAGCGCUCAGGUCCCUCCCACCCGGACAACCUCUGUGACAGCUGAGGGCAGCACGGCUCACAGGCAGACCCCUACCAGGGAGGGUCCCAACCCCAGCAAAGCCACGACCCGGCUGCCCGCUGCCGUCCAGCUGCUCGCCCGCGUCCCGCUGUCCUUCCGCAUCAUCAACAGGAGCUUCAACGAGAGCCUGCGUGACCCCACGUCGGAGCAGUACCGGAGCCUGAGCCGCACUGUCCUGAGCAUGUUUGAACACGUGUUCGGCUGCGCGGGCUGUGCGGGCACACAGACCUACAUGGGGUGCAGUGAGCUGCAGUACAGCCAGGGCUCGGUGGAGGUGCAGUCCACCCUCGUGUUUGGGAAUGGUAGUGACACUGUCACCCCCAACGCUGCCGAGCAGCGCCUGAGGAAGAGCCUGGACCAGAAUGGCUUCAUCAUGGGCCUGCAGCUGGACAGCAUCCAGAGCUCCACAGAGGUGAUGUCCCCAGCACCGGUGCCCGUGGUCCCAGACUGGGCCAUUGCUCUGCUGGUCCUGGUCAGCAUCCUGGUGCUGCUGAGCUUCUUCACCUGCCUCCUCCUGAUGUCCUCCUGCACGUGCCGCCGGAAAAGCCGAGGGAAGCUGGACCUGCUCAGCCAGAAGGAUUCCUACCACCCCAUGGCUGAGUACCUCCAGUACCAGAGCCACGGGCGCUACGUGUCCCCCAACAGCAAACCCAACCCCUACAGCCAGGUGGCCGGCAGCAGCACCACGAGGGCCGGCACCUUCACCUACACCAACCCUUCCGCCGGCUCCGACAACCUCUGAGGCACACUCUGGGACGGAGGGCGGCUGCCGAGGGGAGGGGGCAGCUGCAGCCCCCCACUCCCGGGGGAGCAGCACCGGCCCCGGGCACAUCCCCCGGUGCUGCUCGGCCCCUCGCCGCGGGCAGCGGGCGCUGGAUGGUUCUGGAGCAGCCGGAUUCGCGCAUAUGACAGAACUGGAUGAACGAAGAUUGGGGGCGGGGGGGAGGGUCCCCCGCACCCCACGGUCCCCGCUUGGCUUUGCAACCCUGCUCCGUGCCGGGGGCGUGGCGGGGGCCGGGCUCAUACUCCCCCUGCACUCACCCCUGGGGAUUCAAUUGCUCUUUUUGUGGUGUUGUUUUACAUAAAUAUCUCUGUUUGGGGGGUGUUGGUGCCGGGCUCGGCUCGGCGGGGUGGCAGGUCCUGGG